AUGGGUCGUAGUCGAGAUCGUUCCUAUUCAAGAUCACGCUCACAUUCGCGUUCACGUUCAGGAUCACUUUCAUCAUCAAGCUCAGGCCGAACAGGCAAAGCACGAGAUUGGAAUGGUGAAGGUGGCUGUCGUUUACAUUUAUCAGAUUUAGCCAUGGGUGUUAGUCGACGAGAAAUUGAAAAACUUUUUCGCCCCUUUGGACCACUUAACGAAGUCUGGGUCGCUUCGAAUCCACCCUGUUUUGCAUUCAUCAAUUUUCGUCAUCGAGCUGACGGGGAGCGUGCAAUGAAAGAAUUGGAUGGAAAAGCUGUCAACGGUUCACGCAUUGGAUUGAGUUGGGCCCGUCCAAGAAAUCCAGGCGGACGAGGAGCUCAUGCAUCCUAUCGUCGUAAGUUCUACAAACGUUCUUUAAACAAACAUACAUUGUUACAUCUGUCAGGUUCACGAUCACCUCCAUAUCGUCGUGGUUAUCGAGAUUCGUAUAGUAGUCGUCGCAAUGAUGAUCGGUAUAAUCGUCGUCGUUAUUCAAGAAGCCGAUCGCGCAGCCCAGGCUAUCGCCGUUCUGAGAGAAAAUAUCGGCGACGAAGUCCAAGCUCACAAUCAAGAUCACGAACACGAUCUCGUUCACGAUCCACUUCGUCUCGAGAUGGUCGACGUGAUCAACAAAGCAAAAAAUACAACCGAGACACUGAACAUCGUCGGCGUCGUUCAUCGUCACACUCAGAGAAUGGAUCACCAGGUCACAAGAAUGGAAAACGAAAUUCACGUAGCCCAAGUGUCGAAAAUCACCAAGUGGCCUCGUCAAAUGGUCAUACAGAUGAUCAUCACGUUGAGAUUGAAGCCAAUGGCGAUCACUAA